AUGAACGCAUUAAACAUGGACUUGGACAAUUUACUUCAACAGGUUAUGAGCCGAUUUAUUAACUUUAAUGUUCCUGAACUGAGUAAGCUUAAAGGAGCUGCUAAUUACAAGAAAUGGAAUAAUCUUGUAAUGAAUAAGGUGAAGAAUAUGCACUGUUACUUGGAAUUCUAUCUCAAUAAUAAUUUCGAGUCCAUUCCUAGUGUUUCUACUUUCGACGAAGUUUCUAAAAGCAUUUUCAGAUCUAGAUAUGAUGAUCUUGUUGAUAUGCUUUUGGAGAAAUAUCUUCCAGCUGAGAUGCUUGAAACUUAUGUUGGAGAGCAAUGCCUACUGGGACUUCCCUUGUGGCAUGAGCUUUUGAAGGACUUUGGUCUGAUUUCGUUCAAGCAGACAUUGGAAAUGCAGCUUCUGUUUUUCCGUAAACUCAAGGAUCCUUCUGUCACCCUCUCGGAGAAGCUCCAUCUCCUUGAACAUGCUGAUCAGGAUAUUCUUCCAAUCCCAAUUCCCUAUCGGAUCGGGUUACUUUACUCCUUUACAGAGAACAGUACGGUAAAAGCAACGUUACUUCACAUGCACGACCGUAUUGAGACUAUGGAAGGCGGUUCACUUACUUGGGCAUCCUUGAAGGACGGGAUUUCUGAGAUCCUCAAUGAUACCAGGUCUCCUACGUCCGAUCUCUCUAAUGUGGCUCUCACGGUCCAGAGACAGAUUCCUAGGCCAAUUUCCAUUAAAUCUAGUGUUACGUGCUUCAAGUGUGGUGGUAUUGGACAUAAACUGAAUGUCUGUCCUUCUAAAGAUGAAAACGAUGAUGGUAAAAAUAAAAGCUCGUCUGUUAAACCUCCUGCUAAACCUGCCUAUGCUGUUACUGCUGACACGAAGGCCGAAAACAACCUGUCUUCCAGCCCGACCUUUGGGAUGGGCUACAAAGAUUCAUCUAAAAAUAAGGCUUUUUCUGUCUCUCGGUUUGCGUCUUCCGCUCUCGUGGCGUCUGAUGCUAGCCAUAGAAAUACUUUCUUUUUUGAUUCUGGUGCGUCUGUUCAUCUCACUCACCAGAAAGAGUUACUCCAUGAUUUUAUCCCUGGCCAGUUUGGCUCUAUUGCGGGUCUUGAUCCUGCUACUCCGUUCCAAGUCUGUGGUACUGGAACGUUAAACUUUAUGUUACCAGAUGGUUCCUUGCUCCCUGUUCAUGAUGUGCAGUAUGUCCCUUCAUGUGGUCGCAACUUAAUUUCUAUGUGUCGUGCGAUUUUUGCUGGAGCAGAUAUAAGAGCCGUAGGCGAUACUAUGUUUGACUAUCACCUCGGUUUUCAGAUUGCCACUCGUACGAGCCCCGAUAAGUAUGCCCUCUAUAAGUUUACUUUACCAUGUAUCCCUGCUCAUGGUGGAACUAGUGGUAGUGCUUUGGCUGCUAUUCCCAAUGCUCAUUCUCGUCUUGGUCACCCAAGUCAUCCUGUGGCACAUCAAGUUGGAACUCUGUUUCCUUCGUAUGCAGAUGCUGUUAAAUCUGAAUCGAAGAACCCUAUUUGUGAGGCGUGUGUCCGUGGUAAGGCCACUCGUUCUCUUCCGAAAUUUUCAACUACUUCUGGUAGUAUUGUAAAGGCUCCGUUGGAGCUCGUCCACUCUGAUGUAUGUGGACCCUUUUCUCAAGCGAGCUUGACCGAUGAUCGGUAUUAUGCGGUUUUCGUUGAUGAUUACACUCACUUUAUGGCAGUGUAUCCUAUACAACGAAAGUCCGAUGUAUAUGAGUGUGCGCGCUCAUAUUUUCUUCAAUCUGAACGAUUCUUUUAUAAUCGUGGUGGCUACAAGCCUAUUACUUUUCGCACUGAUAAUGGCGGUGAAUAUAUGUCGUCUCAGUUGCAAAAAUUUCUUACAACCCAAGGAAUUACUCACCAGACUACUGUCCCAUACAAUAGUCAUCAAAAUGGAGUCAGUGAACGAGCCAUUCGUACCAUCACUGAAAAGGCUCGAGUCAUGAUGUUCGAUGCCUCUACACCUCUCAAUUUCUGGGCUGAAGCUGUUCUGUGUGCUAAUUACCUUCUUAAUCGUUUACCAUCGAGUGCUAUCAACAAGAACUAUCCAUAUCAACGGUGGUAUCAAACCAUGCCUGACUUGGAUCAUUUACGGCCCUUUGGAUGUUCGGCAUAUGCGCUUAUUCCUCAGGAGGUAAGAUCUUCCAAGUUGUCUCCUCGUUCUAUUCGAGGUAUUAUGGUUGGUUACGCCCAAACCCAACAUGCAUAUCGUAUCUUCGAUCUUGAUUCUGGCAAAAUUGCUGUUAGUAAUAAUGUUAAGUUUGACGAAUUUGUGUUUCCUUUCCAAACUAUAACCAACAUUCCGCGUGAUAUCGCUUCUAAAGGUUCGCUGUCGUCGUCGCUGUCUUCGUCGCUGUCUUCGUUUUCAUCCAUUUCUGGGAUUCGAGCUACUGCUGAGCUCCCCGGUACUCUUAUGUCGCCUCCUGAACUGGCUGUCCUGGAUAUAGAGAUGGAUGAUGCUGAAUCUGAUUUUUCGGCCCAUGAUUUUAAGGUCCCUCAAGAUCUUGCGUCUACUGUCGAUGGGACUUCGCCUGAUAUUACUACCACUCCUCGAGUGGUUGAACCGUUGUCCCCUCUUGUAACGCAAGAGGUUUCCCGUCCUCGUAUUGAGUAUAUUUCGGAUUCAGAAGCUUCGGUUCCAGGGGAAGACUACGCUACUUCUUUCUAUGAACGUCAUCAUGAUAACUUUGAUAAUUCUGAUGAUGAGGAUUAUGUUGAUGAACCUGUGAGGAGAAGGAGAAAAGCUAUUACGAUGCCUGAGAGACUGCGUAGAAGAUCAGAAGUAUCGUCGGAAGGUGAAACUGAACCUUCUAAGAAACUGAAAUAUGAAGCACUGCAUACUGAAUCAGACUCCUCGCUUGUUGUCAGAGGAUCUGCGUAUUUUAUGUCGCAUGCCUAUGUUGUUAGUACCAAGAAAGAUGGUGUACCAGUGACAUACAAACAGGCAAUGGUGAGUGACGAAGCUGAAAAAUGGAAAUUCGCCAUGGAUAGUGAGAUGAGUGCUCACUACUCAAAUAAUACAUGGGAUCUAGUACUGUUGCCUAAGGAUAGAAAGGCAAUAGGUAACAGAUGGGUAUUUACCAAGAAAGAUGACGGUAGAUACAAAGCUAGACUAGUAGCACAGGGCUUCAGUCAGGUUCCAGGGGAAGAUUACUUGGAUACCUUCAGUCCUGUAAUCAGAUAUGAAUCUGUGAAGCUACUUCUAGCAUUCAGUGCUGUCGAUAAUAGAGUAGUCCAUCAGAUGGAUGUAGAUACCGCAUUUUUGAACGGUACUGUUGAGGAAACACUCUAUAUGAAACAGCCUGUUGAUUUUAUUAAUGAGAAUGAACCAGAGAAAGUCUGUAAGUUGAACAAAUCGUUGUAUGGAUUGAAACAAGCACCGAUAUGUUGGAAUACUACAAUUUCAGAUUUUCUUGCUGAACAUAGGUUCAACCGAAUUGACACUGAGUUAGGCAUAUAUGUUCGAGGGAACAUAAUUAUUGGCCUCUAUGUUGAUGAUAUCCUUAUAUCAGGAAAGGAUAUAAAGGAAAUUGAAGAUGUAAAGAAAAUGCUCGCACUGAAGUUUAAAAUGAAGGAUUUAGGAGUUGCGAAGAAGUUUCUAGGAAUUAAUAUUGCACAGGAUACCAAUGGUAUCAAGAUAUGUCUCUAUGACUACAUUGGAAAGGUCUUGCAGGACUUUGACAUGAGUGAUGCAAACACUGUGGCAACUCCGACAUUGGCCGGAGAGGACUUACACAAAGAUGACACAGAAGACUGUGAUGCCACCAGGUACCGCUCUCUAGUAGGAAAGCUAUUAUUUGCAUCUACUACUGUUCGAACAGACAUUGCGUACGCUGUUGGAAUACUUAGUAGACACUUAGCCAAACCCUCUGAGAUGCAUAUGAAAUGUGCCAAACAUGUCCUCAGAUAUCUUAAAGGAACCCAAGAUAUCGGUCACCACUAUACUGGAGACAGCUCAUUGGAUAUAUACUGUGACAGUGAUUGGGCUAGUGACAAGAGCGACAGGAAAUCAAUUACAGGAUACAUUGUUAGAUAUGGAGGAGCUCCUAUCUCGUGGAAAAGUAAGAAACAGACUACAGUGGCAAUGUCGACCACUGAAGCUGAAUAUCUCGCAUUGGGUGAGGCUACCAAAGAAGCGCUAUGGAUCAUAAUGUUGUUUGACGAGAUGCGUGUGCCAUUACAAUUACCCAUUUCGAUCCACGAAGAUAAUAACUCAUGUAUACUCCUUGCAGAGCACCCUGUAUUUCACCUGCGCACUAAGCAUAUUGACAUACGCCAUCACUUUAUAAGAGAGCAUAUAAUAAAGAAACAAAUUAAACUUUGUCCGAUUAGCACCCAUACACAAAUUGCGGACAUGCUUACAAAAGGAUUAAAUAAGAUUAAAUUCCAGGACUUGAGAAGCCUUGCUGGAAUGACAAGAAUUAGGAUUAAGGGGAAGUGUUGA